AUUAAAAAAAUCUUAAUUUACUUCAUACCUUGUAGAAUAUAAUACAUAUGUGAAUGUUUCAAUAAUAAGUUCAUUGGGUAAAUAAUCCAACAUUAUAAAAGAAUGAUUUUUUCAAUUUCUGUGAAGUAGAGAGAGAAGAUUGUUUGGAAAAAGAAAAUGAAAAUGAAUGAAUUUAUUAGCGAAAUUUAGUUAAAAAAAUUGUAUAAUAAUGAAUGUAUAAACGAUUUCAAUACGACUAUGACAUUAUGAUAUAUUCUAUUAUCAAGAGUCAUAUGAUUGCGCCACUUAACCAUAUGCAAUAAUAUUUGAUAUCUAAUUAUUUUUUUUUCCACGCCUUAAUCAUGAUUAUUCAUUAUUCUAACAAUUAUUAUAAUAAAUAUUAUAAUAAAUUCCUUUCUUCCCUAAUUCCAAAAUAUUGUAGAUUUUACACCUCAGGUCAAAACAAUAAUUAUUUACCUUCACUUCCAUUAUUUACAAAACUUCUUAAACAUGCAGAAACACAAUCUUUGCAAAAACCUGUUAUUGUUGAUGUAAAAUCAAAUACUUCUCAUUCUUACCAAAAUUUGGUUUCUGAUAUAUCAUCAUUUAGAAAUAAUUUAUUAAAAAAAUCUUUUAAACAAACUUUAAAUGAGAAAUGUGUAGCAUUUUUAUGUCCAAAUGGAUAUGAUUAUGUUGUAUCUCAAUGGUCAAUUUGGUCAGCUGGAGGAAUUGCUGUUCCUUUAUGUACAACGCAUCCUCAAUCUGAACUUUUAUAUGUAUUAAAGGAUUCUCAAGCAUCUACAGUUAUUACACAUCCAGAUUUUUAUGAUAAAAUAAAAGAUGUGACCAAAGAUGCGGGAAUAAAUGAUCUUAUAUUAGUUGGAGAUAAAAAUGAAAAAUAUAGUGAUUUUGAUGGAAUAAAUUAUAAGGCUCCAUCGUUAAUUCCUAUGGAAGAAUCACGUAAAGCUUUAAUCAUAUACACCAGCGGAACUACAGGGAAACCAAAAGGAGUCGUGUCGACACAUUUAAAUAUAAAAGCUCAAGUUUCAUCUCUUAUUGAAGCUUGGAGAUGGAGCGAAAAAGAUAGAAUAUUGCACGUAUUACCUUUACAUCAUUUACACGGAAUAUUAAAUGCACUUACAUGUGCUAUUUAUGCAGGAGCUACUGUUGAAAUGUUACCGAAAUUUGAUGCAGCUGAAGUAUGGAAUAGAUGGAUGAGUCCUGAAAGAAAUCUUUCAUUAUUUAUGGCUGUUCCCACAAUUUAUUCAAAAUUAAUUCAAUAUUAUAAUGAUAAUAUGUCUGAUGAAUUGAAACCUAAAGCUACAGAAUCUUGUUCACAAUUUAGAUUGAUGAUUUCGGGAUCAGCUGCUUUACCCACUCCACUUAGAAAUACUUGGAAAGAAAUUAGUGGUGGACAAAUACUUUUAGAAAGAUAUGGGAUGAGUGAAGUAGGAAUGGCUUUGAGUCAUGAAUAUGAUAAAGAAAGAAGAUUUGAGGGAUGUGUUGGACUACCCUUACCAAAUGUUCAAGUAAGAUUAAUUUCUGAAGAUGAUAAAGAUGUUACCAAUUUAACCGAAACACCAGGCGAAAUUCAGAUCAAAGGACAAACUGUAUUUAAAGAGUAUUGGAAUAAACCUGAAGCUACACAAAAAGAAUUUACACAAGACGGAUGGUUUAAAACAGGUGACACAGCAAUCAUAACCGAAAAAGAAAAAGUAUAUAAAAUACUUGGAAGAAAAAGUGUUGAUAUUAUUAAAUCUGGUGGAUAUAAAAUUUCUGCGUUGGAAAUUGAAAGGGUAUUAUUGUCACAUCCAAAUAUAUUAGAUAUUAGUGUUUUAGGAGUUGAAGACCCAGAAUGGGGACAGAGAAUUGGUGCUAUAAUUGUAUUAAAAAACAAGGACGUUAUGAUGGAUCUAAAUAUAUUAAAAGAAUUUCUUAAAGAUAGAUUGGCUAAAUAUAAGAUACCUAGUUUAUUAAAAAUCGUUCAAGAUUUACCUAAGAAUGCUAUGGGAAAAGUUAACAAGAAAGAGUUAAUCAAAUUAUUUGAUCAAUAACAACAUACGGCAGCGUUUGGACAUGAGAUAAUGGAAGUCACGUGGUUUGAUACCAGCCAAUCAACGUUGGGAUCACUUAUUUAUUUGUUCUAUAAUAAUUAAUA